AUUGACUUUGCCUAUCUCGGAAAACUAAAAAAACCCUGUAUCAACAUUUAUUAGUUGUAGCAGAACAUUAUGGAAUCUGAAGAAGGUGUGCGAUGGAGAAAACCAGGCCUGAGACCGAUAGAAACAGAUAUCAAAAGCAGAGAAAUCCACGGAAGAGAUGAAGAGACAAGGAAUAAUAACGACGUCGUUUUAGGAGAAGAAGAGCCAGUGAGUCCAGGGAGUCGUGUUUUCCACGAGCCAAACUUCAACGUCCAUGUUCUGGCAAUCAUGGGGUCCAAGUACAAAAUUCAAAUAGAUAUUGCUAAGGCCAACUUGCCUAACACUCUGCUCAAACACCCCCGCUUCUCCAGUUUACUGGUUGUGGACGAGAAAGAUGGACGGAGGAAUAUGAAAUGGGUGAGAACAGAGGUUGACGUGGACAACCACCUCAUAGUUCCGGAUAUUGACCCAAACAUGGAAACUACAUCUCCGGACGAGUACGUGGAAAAUUACAUUUAUAACCUCACGAAAACCAGCCUCGACACGUCCAAACCACUCUGGGAGGCCCACGUCCUCAACCUGAAAACCUCUGACGCCGAGGGAAUCGUGGUUUUCAGGAUCCACCACUCGCUAGGGGAUGGCACGUCACUCAUGUCUCUCCUCCUGGCUUGUACGCGUCAGACGGGGGACCCCACUGCCCUGCCGACCCUUCCGUCGGCGAAGAGGAGGAACGAUAAGGCCAAGGGCGGCGGUGGUCGUGGUUUUAUCAGAAGCUAUUCGCAGUGCUUCUUGUGGGGUCUCUGGUGGCCUCUUCGGUUGCUUUGGAAUACUUUUGUUGAUCUUGUCGUUUUUAUGGCUACGACGUCGUUUUUGAAAGAUACUGAUACUCCUAUUUCGGGUCAUUCCUGGAGUGUUAGGAAUCCACGUCGGAUUGUUUAUAAGACGGUCAGUUUGGACGAUAUGAAGCUGGUAAAGAACGCAAUGAACAUGACCAUAAACGAUGUUGCCUUGGGAAUCACUCAGGCUGGUUUAUCUAAGUAUCUCAACAGAAGAUAUGGUGAGAUUAGGAACGAUGACCAAGGAACAACAGAGAAGCAAAACAAUCUUCCCAAAAAUAUUCGUCUAAGAUCUGUUGUGCUCAUAAACCUUAGACCGGCAGCAGGAAUUCAGGAACUAGCUAACAUGAUGGAGAAGAAUACUGAAGCAAAGUGGGGGAAUUGGAUUGGUUAUGUGCUUCUUCCAUUUGACAUCUGUUUAAGGGAUGACCCCUUAGAUUACAUUCGUAAAGCUAAAGCUACCAUUGAUCGAAAAAAGCAUUCUCUUGAAGCUCUUUUCACUUCUUCCAUGGCCAAACUAGUUCUUAAAAUUUUUGGCAUCAAGAUAGCAAGUGCUAUAUCCCACAAAAUUUUCUGCAACACCACAAUGGCAUUCUCCAAUUUGGUCGGACCACUUGAGGAAAUUGGUAUCUACGGCCAUUCAAUGGAAUACCUUGCUUCAACUUCUUAUGGCCAACCACAUGCAUUGAUGGUUAAUUUUCAGAGCUAUAUCAACAAGAUGACGAUUGUUCUCUCAGUAGAUGAAAGUGUUAUUCCAGAUGCUCAUCAACUAUGUGGUGAUAUUGCAGAAUCGCUCAAGCUCGUGAAAGACUCUGUUGUUGAGAAACUCUAGGAGUACUUAUCGACCAAAUACUAUUAAGGACUAAAUAUUAAGAAACCAAUAAAUUAAUAAGGUGAUCUGUUUCUAAAGUUUCUCAUUUUUGAGAUAUUUCAAACAAAUAAUAAUAAAUAAAAAAUUGAUAUUCUCUGGUGUACAAGCAAUCUUUGUCACUAGAUUAUUGAAAAUCUAAUGGUAUAUCAAACAUAGUGUAUUUAGAAAGUAAUUAAAAUCAAUUUCCCUUUGCACUUUUGCAAUUUCA